AUGCAACUGCACGAAUUCGAGGUCCGGCCUUUACAGCCUGCCGACUUCGAUGUGGUCAACGAAAGUUCGGAACUCUUCAUUGAAUUCACGAAGCUGGGGCUCAUCCUGGCCCGCAUACUGGAUGUGUAUGCUCGAAGGCUCGAAGUCCCCUUUCAAAAGGAGCAGGCAAGCACGAUCCUCGUCUCUCUGAAACAGUGGAUCAACGACCUCCCAGAGAGGUCACGUUUAUAUCCCCUCUCCGGGCGGCGUAUCUAUCGACGAGACGUUUACGAGAUACACGUCUGUUACUUUACUACCCUCAUCACAUUCUUCCAUUUAUGCGGGCAAGUGUUUGACCCGACUUCGUCAGGCCUGAUCUCGCUGGUCGCGUCGUCGUGCAUGGCACAGCUCUACGAAGAAAUGCGCUUUCGGGACGAUGUCAAUUUCCUGAUGUCUCCAAACAAUUGGUACCUGAUGGUGGCUUGCGUGCCACAGAUCCACUAUGCAGAAGGAGAGUAUGACCAGGACGGGGUGUGCGCGCGAGAGCUGAACAUCCUGAUUCGGAUUCUACAAGAAAUGUGUCUGAAAUGGCCGGGGGCCAAGAACAUUCUGGACACGGUUCUUCGAUUGAGCGCGUCGGGCGAGGGCUCGACUCUAAUGACUCAGCUCCUUGCUCGCCGGCCCGCCGUUGAUCAAGAUCAGGCUGGAAGGACACCUGGAGCGACUGUUGGAGACGCCCACGGCCUGUUUCCAUUUCCCCCAUCCAUGUGCCCCAGGAUGAACCUGCUGGACCGGGCAGCCAAUCGACCGGAGGCAACGCCAGCACAUUGGACAUCGCUCACGGACCAAGACUUGUUUUCCAUCUUUGACCUGUUCAACUCGAACCCCGGAAAUAACGUACUAAUCGACUCGUUUCAAUCUACCUAG